CAUCCUUUGAGGGACAUACGGCUGAGCCUCGGAAAACAAGUAAUCCGACUGCUGACACUGCAAAGGUUCAGAGUGUAUCAUCAUCAUCAUCAUUCCGGAGGUGGGCUUCCAAUGAUUUCAUUGACCGUGUUUGGGGCAGUUGGUCUCGGUCAUCUCUUGCAAGGCAGCAAGGAUAUUGCAAAGGUGAAAGACGAUCAAGAAUGGGAAAUCAUCGAGACGAAGAAAGCAUUAUCAAGAACAGGACCCAUCGAUGCAUAUAAGCCAAAAAAGAUUUCAUUAGAGGAAGAAGUAAAGGCUUUGCGACAGAAGGUUGAUAUAAACAACUAUGACUACAAAAGAAUUCCUAAGCCAAACGAAGGCAACUCGGGCUAGCAUUUUGUGCUCUCA